AUGAAAUCACAGAUUGAGGUUUUAAUUCAUUUUAAGAAAUUCACAAACAUUGAUCUCUUCACUUAAGGAAUCUAUUAGAUAAGAGUUCAAAUACCAGAAGCUUAGCCUUAUUUGAUCUUCAAUUCAAUAAGACGUGAUCCGUAUACUACUAAUGAGGUCGAUAAAAAUUUUGUAUUCUACGAAGAGAACAUAGAGGAUAAAUAUUUCUAUUCAUAAGGGUUCUUGAUUCGAUAUGAGGAUGAAGAAAUGCCUACUAAUAUUGGUUGCGUAUUUCGAUAAUAAGAAACUCAAAAUAUUGAAAUCGUCAUUGAAUUGUUGUUUCUAGAUAAAAAGCUUUUAGGAGAUCUUUUUGUCGAUAAUUUGAAGGAAGUUGCAUUGUCAAUUAAAUAAUAAAUGCAAAUCAUAUCCAGAGCCACUUUAACAGUUUCUAAUACAUUAACUUAUAAUUAAGCUUAUUAUCCUAUUGAGUUUGAUUCAGCUCACUUUUGUUUAUUAGAAACUUAAAUCCAUACAAUUCCAAUUCAAUUUUCAUUUACAAAACAGUAAUUAGCUGCAGAACUCCAAACGUAAGAGAAAUUAUAAGAGCUUUUAAAUUAGUCUAUAUAUUUGAUGUUGGAUAAUAGGAAAUAAUUAGUCAAACAACUUGAUAGUCUACAGAACGAAAAGAAACUCACUUAGUUAAAAUAUUAGGAAAAGUAAUUUGAUUUAAAUGACAGAGAAAUAGAUGAUUAAAUUAUACAAAGUUUACAUGAUCUUCAUCAUGAUAUGUAUAUGUUAUGGUGUGAACUCGUGAAUGCAAUCAAGGAGAACCAUCAAAAGCUCUAAGACUAAUUGGAAUAGGAAUAUUUAUGUCAAAUGAUGUAAAGGUGGUAAAAUUGCGUUUUCUUAAAUAAAUCUGAAGUUAAACAACUAGAUCAGGCUCUUUUAAACGGAAGAAACAAUCAUGAAUAAGCAAAACAAUACAGAAGUCAAAUUAACUCUUAAGAACUUGAUGCAAUUAAAUAUGCCGAAUUGCUCCAACCACUAAAUGCAAAUCCAUUUAUUUUCAAACAUACUUGUCUUUAAAAGGGAUUUAUGCAGAAAUCUCAAAAUUCCCUUAUCCACUAUGUCGUCUUAGUUCAUGGAUAUCAAGGUACUUCCUAUGACAUGAGAUACUGGAAAUCCAUAUUGACAAUUCGUUUUAAGGAUAAAAUUAGAUUGAUUUGUCCAACAUGCAACGAUGGAACUUCAAAUAAACCAAUUCAGGAAUAAGCAUAAUUACUAGCCAACGAAGUCUCAAACUUUAUAAAUGAUGAAAAUGUAACAGAAUUUAGAUUGUCAUUUAUUGGGCAUUCCCUUGGAGGCCUAAUCAUAAGGGCAGCACUUCCUGAAUUGAGUGAGUUUAAACAGUUUAUGCAUACUUAUGUCAGUCUUGGAUCACCUCAUUGUGGAUAUGCCUCAUCAGAAAGUGUUUUAGUGGAUACUGGAUUGAUGAUGAUUCAAAAAUGGAAUAAAUGCAAGACGCUUGAAGAAUUAAGUUAAAGAGAUCAUAAAGAUAUUAAAAACACUUACAUAUAUACUUUGAGUAAGGCAGAAGGAUUAAAUUGGUUUGACAAUGUAGUUUUGAUGUCUUCAUUUUAAGAUCAUUAUGUGCCUUUCCAUUCUGCUCUGAUCCAGAAAAUUGAGAACUCAAACGAUCAAAGAGUUUAGGCCUAUAAUGAAACAGUAUCAAACAUUUUAUCAAAAUGCGGAAAAAUAGAUCGAUUUGAUAUUAAUUUCUUAAUAACUAAAAAAAAAUUGGAUAAAUUUAUUGGAAGGGCAGCCCAUAUUGAAUUUAUUGAUAAUUUAAUAUUGGUAAAGAUGUUUAUUUACUUGUAUGAUGAAUAUUUUCAUUGA